AUGAAGUUUGCAAGUAUUGAUAUGUCAAGAAACAAAUUUGAAGGAGAUAUUCCAAAUAUUAUUGGAGGGGUUCAUGCACUAAUAGGACUUAAUCUUUCCAAUAACAAACUCACCGGAUUUAUUCCCCAAUCCAUGGGAAACUUGACAAAUUUAGAAUCUUUGGAUCUCUCAUCAAAUAUGCUCACCAGUGUUAUUGCUGCAGAAUUAUCCAAUUUGAAUUUUCUUGAAUUCUUGGAUCUUUCUAAUAACCAUCUUGUGGGAGAAAUACCCCAAGGAAAACAAUUCAACACAUUUUCAAAUGAUUCAUAUGAGGGAAACUCCGGGUUAUGUGGAUUACCCUUGUUAAAGAAAUGUGGACCUGAACAACAUUCUCCACCUUCACCGACAAGCUUUGGAGUGAAAUGGCUUGUGAUCAUAUUUGGUGGCCAACCUAAGAGAAGAGUGAGAAGAAGAACAAGAGUGAGGAGGACCAAUGGUUCAAACAUGAAUCAGAUGAUACAAAUGUCAUAG